AUGCUCCUGGCGGCCAUCCUGGCUUCAUCAGUCCGCCUUAGCACAAGGCGCCUGGAGGAGGGGCAGGGAGGAUGGUUCACGGGAGCUUUGAGUGCCCCUGCUUUGGGGACCCACAGCGUGUCAAGCCAUCCAUCCUGGCUGGAGGCAGCUCCCUGGCAGGGCUGCAGGGCCUUGGUGGGCUGUGGAGGGGGAAGGGCAAGGCAAGGGGAAGGGGCACCCAAUGAGCUGCUUUCCAACCUGCUUUUCUCUGCUUCCUCCCCCCUGCAGAAAAAGAGGAGGGCAGCCACUGCCCGCCGGCAGCACCUGAAGAGUGCUAUGCUCCAGCUUGCUGCCACUGAAAUAGAAAAAGAAGCAGCUGCCAAAGAAGUGGAAAAGCAGAACUACCUGGCUGAGCAUUGUCCUCCUCUGUCGCUCCCAGGAUCCAUGCAGGAACUUCAGGAGCUGUGCAAGAAGCUUCAUGCCAAGAUAGAGUCAGUGGAUGAGGAGAGGUAUGACACAGAGGUGAAGCUGCAGAAGACAACCAAGGAGCUGGAAGACUUGAGCCAGAAGCUGUUUGACCUGAGGGGCAAGUUCAAGAGGCCACCUCUGCGCAGGGUGCGCAUGUCCGCCGAUGCCAUGCUGCGAGCCCUGCUGGGCUCCAAGCACAAGGUCUGCAUGGACCUGCGAGCCAACCUGAAGCAAGUCAAGAAGGAGGACACUGAGAAGGAGAAGGACCUCCGCGAUGUGGGUGACUGGAGGAAGAACAUCGAGGAGAAGUCUGGCAUGGAGGGCAGGAAGAAGAUGUUUGAGGCUGGCGAGUCCUAAGCACCUGCCUCUCCACACCCAUCCUCUGCCCCCCUCUGGGCUGGGGGGCACCUCCUGGGCGCCGU